GCCCCACGCCGUCAACGAGGCGCGCGACAACAUGGCUUCCAGCAACGCGGGCGGCCGCGGCCGCAAGUCGACGUCGUCCACUGUGCAUAAAUCAAAGUUUGCGCGUUGGUGCGGACUCGUCGCGUGGACCACGCCAUCGACGCAACCCUGCUCGAUGGCGUGGCGAGGCCAGUUCCUCGCCGCUCGAUUCAGUUAUCACGGCCGCGGGCGUCGCCGCCGAGCACCCGACUCACUGGUUGAUUUAUGCACAGGUCGUUCAUGCGCCAGCUCGUCCAGCUCAUCAGCGACCACCCCGACGUCAUCAGCUUCGACGAAAAUGGCAUCCUCUGCAUCCCGUCGCCGCCGGACCUCGAGAAGCUCCUCCCGAACUACUACCGCACGGCGAAGCUCGCGUCCUUCCAGCGGCAGCUCAACAACUUCGGCUACCACCGCGUCGGCUGGACGCCGGCCCGCGGCGCACAACAACCGCAGGGCCUCAAGUACCACAAGGUCGUCGGCGAGGCGACGACGCGGACCGAGAGCCUCCUCGAGCUGCGCCCGCUCUCGCGCCGCAAGCGCGAGCGCGCGCCGGCGCCGGCGCCCCGGCGGCGCCACGCGCGCGCGGAGCCCCUCCAAAAACGCGCGCGGACCGAGUCCGACGCGAACGCGGCGAUGCUCCUGCUGUCGUGCAUGCGGCGCGAGGACUCGCUCCCCGCGCCGAUCGCCGCGUGACCUAACCACACUUGUUACUGA